UCCUGUUGCUUUUCUGAUCAUUGUAGAUUAGACUUUUUAUAUUUUUACUUUCUUUAUUUCUUGAAAUACAUUUUCUAAGGAGAACUAGAGAAGGAAGUUUUUGUUACAGCUGGCAUAGCAUUCUUAGCAGCUGAAUGCAUAGAGGAUUUUGAUAAAUCAUAUUAUAUUUGUUCAGCUUUAAAUAAAACAGAUUGUUCAUCCUACAAUCAAAAGACCAUUCCUGUAAGACUCUUCUCUGAACGCCGACUGCCACAGCCUCUCAUCUAAAGUGUGUGAUGAUGACAUCCCUAAAGAGACAUUGUCUCCUGCUCCUCGCUGCCGUCCUCCUUCUGUCCUUCGUUCCCACAGUGACUGAAGUGGUGGAUUCAAUGUCAGACUGUGCUGAGUUUCUUCUUGAGCAAACUCCACCACAGGUCCCAGAAAUCUUGGAGUGUGGCAACAUCCUGAACCAGAACCGAUACAAACCCAUUUGCCAGACUUUUAAGAACAAGAAAAGGUUUGUGACGCUCUACGACACCAACAACAAGAUUCCAGUGUUUUCUGCUUACAAGUACAGAGGGGAACAACAGACGGGACCCAAGAAAAGACCCCCUUGGAAGAUAGAGCCACAGCUGGAAGAAAAAAACACCAACAACAUGAGGGAUGACAGAUUAACCCGCCAGGCCAGCAACAAUGAUUAUAAGAACAACAAUGACUAUAAUAGAGGCCACUUAUUUCCAAAUAGUCACGCAUUUGAUAAAGAUGACAAAAUCUCAACGUUCACCCUGACAAACAUCGUUCCACAAGCAGUGUCUUUCAAUGGUGGCAGCUGGGAAAAAAUGGAGAGCUGUGUUGAAUGCGUCCUGGAAGAGUAUUGCAAUAACAAUAAUGGUGUCAUUGAAGGCUUUGUAGUGACAGGAGCAAUUCCCGGCAACAACAAACUCAAGAACAAAAUUAAUAUACCCUCAAUUCUCUGGUCAGCAUUCUGCUGUUACAGUCACAACUUGCAGAAGUGGAUAGCAAGUGCUCACUGGGGGGAAAACAUUGCAGAAGAACCUAAUUCUAAAUAUCUGCAGACAAAGACUUUGGAAGAACUCCACCAAAACCUGAGCACAAUGGACACAAGAUUUGAGGUGUUUCCCAGGACACUGUGUCCUCUCAACACGACUGUUGCUGAGUUCUACCAGGAACUGAAAAAAACCUGCAAGUGCCCACCCCAAGCUUCAACUACAUCUGCCCUGCCCACUACCACAACUAGCAUACCAACCAACCAGACAUCAGCAACUAUCAUUCCCACAACAUUUGAACCCCGAAUUAACAAAACCAACCAGACAUCAGCAACUAUCAUUCCCACAACAUCUGAACCCCGAAUUAACAAAACCAACCAGACAUCAGCAACUAUCAUUCCCACAACAUCUGAACCCCGAAUUAACAAAACCAACCAGACAUCAGCAACUAUCAUUCCCACAACAUUUGAACCCCAAAUUACCAAAACCAACCAGACAUCAGCAACUAUCAUUCCCACAACAUUUGAACCCCGAACUAACAAAACCAACCAGACAUCAGCAACUAUCAUUCCCACAACAUCUGAACCCCGAACUAACAAAACCAACCAGACAUCAGCAACUAUCAUUCCCACAACAUCUGAACCCCGAAUUAACAAAAACAACCAGACAUCAGCAACUAUCAUUCCCACAACAUCUGAACCCCAAACUAACAAAACCAACCAGACAUCAGCAACUAUCAUUCCCACAACAUCUGAACCCCAAACUAACAAAACCAACCAGACAUCAGCAACUAUCAUUCCCACAACAUCUGAACCCCAAACUAACAAAACCAACCAGACAUCAGCAACUAUCAUUCCAAUUUCAUACAUAUUUUGGAUUGUAUUGUAUUUGCUUUGCUGAUACCUGAUUAACAGCCAGGCAAGUACAAACAUAUUGGACGGUGCCAAUGUCCAGUGCCAGUAUGAGGAGGGUGAAUGCAUCCAGAAAAGGACGUGUUUCCUGUUUCUUUACAGUGACACUCAAUGAAAAUGUAACCUUGAUGACAAUGUUUAACCAUAACCACGUAGUCUGAGUUGCCUAAACUUGACCAUAGCUUUAUUCUGUGUUUGCCACCUGUUGACAUGUAGGAAAUAUUAUUUUAAAAUCUUGACCUUUAAAAAUGUUGUAAAUGAAUUUGAAGUGUCAUUCUUACAAUUGAUCUGCAGCUCAUAUAUAAUA